GAUGUUGGGACAACAAACCAGAAUGGAGCAGAUUAUUAUGUUGAGAAGAUCUCUGCCAUUAAUUCUAAUCUCUCCAAAUGUAACGAUGAAGAUGUCAGCUGUGCUGUCAAGCUUGUGGAAAACCUGAAGACGGCCCUGCGGACACAGACCUUAAGCUUUGUAGUCUCCUUCAUAGAACUGAAAGGUCUGCAGUGCCUAUUAGACUUUCUUUCCAGAAUGGAUUAUGAGAUGUCAGAGGGCCCUUUACAUACUGCCAUUAUAGGAUGUGUCAAAGCCCUCAUGAAUAAUCCUCAAGGAAGAGCUCAUGUCCUGGCACAUCCUGACUGCAUUAAUACCAUCGCUCAAAGUCUGGCUGUUGAAAAUGUGAAGAGCAAGGUUGCCGUGCUGGAAAUACUGGGUGCAAUCUGUCUAGUUCCAGGAGGACAUCGUAAAGUCUUAAAUGCGAUGCUCCACUUUCAGAAAUAUGCAGCAGAACGUACCAGAUUUCAGCUCCUGAUAUGUGACUUGGACCGAAGCACUGGUCGAUACAAAGAAGAGGUGGCUUUGAAGACAGCUAUUAUGUCAUUUAUCAAUGCUGCUCUCAAUUAUGGAGCAGGGCAGGAUCACUUAGAAUUUCGUCUACAUCUGCGCUAUGAAUUUUUAAUGCUGGGAAUCAUACCAAUCAUCAAAAAGAUGAGGUCACAUGGAAAUGCUACCUUAGACAGGCAUUUAGAUUUCUUUGAGAUGGUUCGUAAUGAAGACGAGAAGGAAUUUGCAAAGAGAUUUGAUGGUGUUCAUGUUGAUUCAAAAAGUGCGGCCAAUAUGUUUGAUGUUCUCAGAAAAAAGAUUCAUUUGUCAACAGCAUAUCCAAAUCUGUUGUCAAUCCUCCACCACAUGUUGCUCAUUCCAUAUGGUAAAAAUGAUGUCAUGCAAGUGUGGUCUCUCUUAGACAAAAUUGUGCAGCAGCUGAUCCUGCAGCUCAAGAAAGGAGAAGAUCCAGAUGGAGCACCCCUUGAUGAGAUUAAUGUGAAACAACUGAUAAGAGCGCUUGCCAGUGAAACAGAUAUCAAAAGUUUCCAGACCAAAAUAAGAGAAGCAGAGAAAAACUGUGAUGAAUUAGCAGCAAAACUUGCCAAGAAGGAAAGAGAAUGUGAAAUUCGUUUGGAAGAGAAGGAAGAGCUGAUGUCCACAAUGAAUAUGAUGAAGAGCAAGCUAGAAAAGGAGGUUGCAAGUCAUGCUGAAACCCGACAGCAGUUGCAAGAGCUUUUGUCAAGAGUGGAGGAAAUUCGAUCACAGCUGGAUACAGAGAGAGGAGAAAAACAAAAACUGCAGCAUCUAGUCUUGAGUGGAAGCCUCCCUGAUGAUGCCAAGCUGGGACAUUCUGUUACAGCAUCCACUAUCAUCUCCAGUUUUGAAAUCAAGUCAAAGGAAAUCACUGCAUUUUCUUCUGUCCCUCUUCCAGGCAUGCCUGCACCCCCACCGCCGCCACCCCCUGCACCAAACGCUCCUUCAUUUUCACAAUUAGGCAAACAAAAAUCUGUUACAGGUGUAACUUCCAUUAGCUCAGCGCUUACAGCAAAAUUGAAAGGAAACCCUAAACCAAGUGUUCCAAUGAAAUCGUUUAACUGGACCAAACUGCCAGAGAAUCAGAUCUCAGGAACAAUAUGGAGUGAUUUAAACCAUUCUAAGAUAUACUCCAGUCUUGAUCUUGAAGAAUUCCAGAGAACUUUUUCAGCCUAUCAGAAACCAGUCACAGAAGACGAAGGUGAUGAUCACAAGAACAUGUGCAAAUCCAAGGCUCAGGUACUGACUGUGAUUGAUGGAAGGCGGAGUCAAAAUUGCACCAUUCUGCUGUCAAAGUUGAAACUGACAAAUGAGGAGCUUGCAAAGGCAGUCAUGAAUGUGGAUGAAGGAGAAGAUUUGCCCAAAGACAUGGUGGAACAGCUGCUGAAGUUUGUACCAACAAUGGAGGAAGUUCAGCUACUUUCCGAAUAUGCUCAUGAAAUUGACAACAUGGCAAGGGCAGACAGAUUCCUAUUUGAAAUGAGCAAAAUUCUUCACUAUGAAGAGAGGCUGAAAGCUCUAUAUUUCAAAAAGAAGUUUCAAGAGAGGAAAGUUGAUUGCAAACAGAAAAUUGAUUGUGUGCGUGAAGCCAGUAAAGAAGUCUUUAGAAGCAGGCGGCUUAAGAAACACUUGGAGUUGGUACUUGCUAUGGGCAAUUUCAUUAAUAAAGGUCAGAGAGGUUCAGCUCUAGGCUUUAAAAUCUCCAGCCUUAACAAGAUGAUCGACACAAAAGCUAGCACCAAUAAAAACAUGACUCUGUUGCAUUAUUUGGUGGAAAUUAUUGAGAAGAAGUUUCCAGAUCUUGGCAAGCUGGAAGAAGAUAUACCUCAUGUGCAUGAUGCAGGAAAAGUCAA